AUGGGGUGCUCCAGCGGCAAAGAAGCGGUGGAUGAGAUCCCUGAGUCGGCGGAGUUCUUCCGGAGGUACGCGUUGGGCAAGAAGCUUGGUGAAGGCGCUUUUGGUCAGGUGAGGUUAGCCACGGAGAUUUCCACCAAAAAGGAAUUUGCAGUCAAAGUCGCUGACGUGCGAACGCAGGAGAGCGGUAGCGUAGUAGCAGUCAGCAAGCGAAGAAAAAGAAACCUCGAGCGCGAGAUCCGCAUGUGGCGUAUUGCAGGUGCGGCGAAGCUGCCGCAAGUCACGUUGCUUGAGGAUGCUUUCUACUGUAGCGGCUUUUACUACAUGGUCUGCGAAGUCUGCAAAAGAAAUCUCAUGCAGCACCUCCUCCACGUCAAGACCCUCGCUGAAGAGGAGUUUGCUACACUGGCCUCAGAGAUGCUACAUGGAAUCCAGCAUCUCCAUACGGUAGGGCUUGUUCACAGAGACAUAAAGCCCGAAAACUUCCUCUGCGUCGGCCGGGGUACCGAGCUCAAGAUCUGCGAUUUCGGGCUUGCUUUGAAGCAGCCGAAGAAGGGGAAGCUAACGGGGGUCGGUGGCACAGCCCCUUACAUGGCUCCCGAGACUUUGGUGAAGCCAAAGGGUUUGUGGGCCAAACCUGGAUUUCACAAGGAGGUGGAUCUGUGGGCUUUUGGGGUGAUCCUUUACCUCAUCCUGUUUGGCAAGUUCCCUUACAUGCCUCCGGGUGAGACCACCGCAGACAGUAUGAAGUAUGCUAUCGCGACGGAUAGCCCUCCUCUACAAUUCCCAACUUCACAGUCCUCUCUCGCACUGGCAUUGGCGAAGCGUGUGCUGGUUCGAGAUCCUCGUCAGCGGCUGACUGCCAAGGAGGCUCUGCAAGAUCCCUUCGUUCUUCAGGCUGCUCAGAGGGGUUCACAAGGAAGCGACCUGCGUGUGUCCGUGCAGGAUGCCAAGGAGAUGGCAGAGAAGCUGAGGGAGUUCCAGAUCAGCGAAAACACGCAGCAAGAUUUGGAGAGCCGUCUGAAGACAGUGACGGCCAAAAGCGGCGGCAUCUGGUUCUCCGAAGGAGACGACAAGACGCUGGUUUCGCCCACGACAUCACAGAAUGCAGUGUCUGUGCGAGCCGACUCGAGAAUCAAGAAGGACAAGAAGCCUGUUUCACGUGACAAGUUUGGUACACAUUCCGGCGUCGUAAGCGAGGAGCAGGCGCAACAGCAAAUGAUGAAGGCAGCUCCGAUUCCUGAGGAACCUAGUUGA